UAAUAGUAGAUUAACACUACUAGUAUGCCUCAUUCUCAUACUUUCGUGUCUUCUCAUUGGAUUCGUGCUCAUUUUAAUACGUCAUUAUCGCUGUCACCAAAUACUGCACGUGCCCGGUUUCUAUGCAUGUUGAUCGAGCUUUUACAACUGUUGUGUAUUUUGCCGUGGAAAAUGCGAUUUAAACAGCCGAACCCUACCAAAAUACCGGAUCAUAAAUAUCGUAGGUACAGUCCAGAAUCCCUCAAAAAUGCAUAUGCUGCGGUAAAGGAGAACGGGAUGCCAGUUAAAAGGGCUGCAUUGACAUAUAAUGUGCCAAUUCAAACAUUAAGAGAUCGUGUAAAAGGGAAAGUAGAUCCAUUUAAUAUUGGAUUGGGCUCCGAGUUAAUCUUUUCAAAAGAAGAGGAAACGGGUUUGGUGGAGCAUCUGGAGAGCAUGUCCCAGCUCGGAUAUGGUUACACCAAUGUACAGGUCCAGCACCUGGCUGGGGAACUGGCCGAACAUUUAGGGAAACGCCCUACCAACAAGCCAUUAAGUAUAAAUUGGUUGUAUGGCUUUCUAAAGAGAUGGACAGGCAGGCUCUCUUCCAUAAAACCACGCGCCCUGGAUAGUGGCCGUGCGAAAAACUCAACGCCGGAGAUCGUUGAAAGCUACUUCAAAAACCUCGGGGAAGUAGUGGAGAAACACAAUCUGACCGACAAACCUCAUCUCAUCUACAACAUAGAUGAAACCGGGAUUCAACCCGAACACAGGCCCCCUAAUGUCAUCGCUGCCACUGGCAGUAAGCCGCAGGCUGUUACCUCGCCCCGCUCAACAACCACGACAUUAAUCGCAUGCACUAACGCAGCCGGUAAUCAUAUACCACCAUUUUUCGUCUUCAAAGGGAAACGAAGCAACCCUGAACUAAUGAACGGCUCGUCACCUGGUUCGAAAUUCACAAUGUCCGAAAGUGGCUGGUCAAAUGCCGAAAUAUUCCAGCAUUAUUUGAAGGACCAUUUCCUCCCGAAUGUAUGCAGGGGUUCAACGGACCAAGCGCCGAUACUUGUCAUUUAUGACGGCCACUCCUCGCAUGUUUCCAGGCAACUUACUGAAUGGGCCAAAGCAGAGAAUAUCAUCCUCUUUGUUUUGCCUGCCCACACAUCGCACAUCCUGCAGCCUCUGGACGUGUCGAUUUUCGGCCCAUUCAAAUCAUAUUACUACCGUGAAUGUGCCAAGUUUAUGCAGGAGCACAUUGGUGAAACUGUCACGAAAUAUAUGAUGGCGAAAAUUGCUUGCAAAGCGUAUCUAAAGGCCAUGGUUCCAGCCAACAUAGUCGCAGGCUUCCGAAAAACUGGCAUUUUCCCAUGCUGCCCAGAGGUUGUUCCUGCAGAUAAGCUUUAUCCAAGCGAAGCCUUCCGAGAGACAUCACCCCUGUUCAAAAUUAUGGCAAUUAAAUCCGGAAAAGAAGCAGUUGAAAAGUACCUCUUGUUGAAGGCUGAAAAAAAGUUUACAUGCGUCUGCCAGGCCUCUAAGCAACCUAAAGCCAAAAACACAAAACCCAAGCCAGGGGGGAAGGCUAUUACAGAAGAAGCAUAUGCUGAGGAGCUGCAAACAUACGAUAAAGAAAACGCAACUCCCAGUACAUCAACAACCUCAACGCAUGCAACAACAACAUCGACGAAAAAAGGCAAAACCUGCAGAAAGCGCCUAUCGGAAUCUCAAUCCCAAAACAAGUCUACUGCCACAGCAAAAGACGCAUUGUGCAGUGAUUCUGAGAUGGAGUUCGAGCCGGAAGAAAAAGACCUGUGCUGCGUCUGCAGGAUGAUAUCGCCACCAAACCUGCCCGACUCGACGUUCUUAAAAAUCCUCACGUGGGGCGAGUGCGCCAUUUGCAGCCACUGGGUGCACCUAAAAUUCUGCACGAAAACGCGCGUUGUAAGGAGAAACGACCGUUUCGUAUGCCCUCAUUGUGAAGUUUAGUUGUGCAGCUAAUCAGACAUGGGUCAAUUGUGUUACUUACAAUGUUAAAAGUUUCGUUUAUAUAUGUUAUUUUUAAGUGUAAAAAGAAGAUUAAAUUUAAAACACAAUUAAUUAGUUGAUUAAAAUAAUUACAUACCUGCUCUCGGAUGGAAUAUUAUAUUAUAAAAUAAAACGCCAAUAUCGAGUUAUACACGUGCCAGUGUGUCGAAGAAAAUAGCCAUUUAAAUAUGUGAUUUAUAAGAAAAUUCCCCACAUGGUGCCCCAUUUAGAACGCGGUCAAGAAAGAGCACGAAUCCAAUGAGAAAAUUCUUCUGCAUGAUACAGAUCAUUGACCUUCACCUUAACGAGGUAAAUAUUUAGCAAAUAUGUAAACAAAUACUGUUUUCUUUGUGUUUCGUUUUAAUAUAGUAUUUUAAUGACGAAAUAAAAGUUAAACAAUGCUAAAAAUACCAGCCAGUGUAUGCGCAUGCGCGGUAAAAAUAGUUAAGAGGCACGAAAGGACGAGAAGAUAGCAUAGUAGAUUAAGCAUUGUUUAUUCCUUUUACAUUUUAUUUUAUCAAAAAUAUA